UCCCUGUUUGUGUUUUUGCUUCGCAAAGAUGAACGAUGAAACAUCGCAAAGUUCGGAGGAAACUGUAGAGCGUCUGUAUUAGUCCUAUUAAUAUUUGUACCAUGAAGGAGGAGUCAGAGCCGUUCGAGAAAAGGAUUCGCAUCGACAACGUGCAAAGUCUGGGCACAGAAAAUGAUUUGUUGAUUGCCAAGAUAUGCGACCUCCAGACAGAAGUUUUAGCCCAGCGCGCAGAGAUCAGGCAAUUGACGAAGGCCGUAACGACGCUGACGACUUUUGUGAAGCAGUCGAUGAGAUCGAUCAAAAUUAAUAAUGUGACGCAAAAUUGUGACGACGAUUUCCCAAUUAAUUCUGAGGCGGAGCUACUCGAAGUGGAUGAGAAGAUAAGCCGGGACCCCACCAGCUAUGUCCAUGCCAUGAAAAAACUGUUGAGCCAGGGAAGGACGAGCCGCUCUAUAAGACUCAUCUUUUGCGACGACAUCAUUUUAAACUAUAAUAUUGACGGAGCGAAGGAUAAGAAAAGACUGAAAGAUUAUGCUCACUUGUUUCGUGCGCUGAUGGAUGCCAUCAGUCAAAUUGAAAAGUCGCUGCCCGCCGAAAGAGUUCUAUCCAAAGCGCUAAGAUGCGUUAAAAACUGCGCAGCGAAACAUAAGGGCAAGAGCAGUGCCGAGGAUCCUUUGGGCUUUUUAAAUAUGGAUAUGGUAUAAUUAGUUAAAAUAAAUGAAACAACUACUUG